AUGUGGUUCUACUCAGAUGCCUUCAGCAGGCUCUAUCCAAAAUAUCAUCACUGGACUGAUGUAAACGAGAUUGUUAGUAAUGGCCAAUUCGGACUGCUUCGAGACCGUAUCAAGAGAGACCUGCCAAUCAACGCCAGCCAGGAAUCAAUGACCAAAGUCUGUCGACAGAAGAUAGACAGGGAAACAUUCUUGGCAUUGCACAACAAGUAUCAAACAUACUUCAGGUCCCAGGAUGCGAUAAGAGAGGCUGUCCGAGCUGGCAACAUAGAGAUCACUGAGAUACUACUCAAUCAAACCCAACCCAUUCAAUUCAAACGUUUGGAGGUCUUGCUGAAGGAAGCCGUGACCAGCGGUCAGUUCAAAAUGCUCAAGUAUCUCUGUGACACUGGACUGUUCAACAAUAACCUAUUGAUCGAGGAGCAUGAAAUGGUGACCGCCAAUCUCUUUGGAACAAGAAGGGCAAAGGACAUUCGCUUUGUGUUGGAUCCAAACAACUUCCCAUCUCGUCUUGGUGACCUGAUCAAGUCGUGUGCUCAGAUGGGCCAAUUCGCUCAACACAUAAUAAUGACUGGAGACCAACAACUGAUCGAGGAGUUGCUCCUUGGUCCAAUGCCCAACAUCAAGAGUGGAUGGAACGGUGACAAUACCUACACUAUGACUUACUGCCCACUUUACGAUUUGGCUCCGAUUGAACAGGUGAAGCAUUUGAAGCGACUCGUUCGGUUUGGCUUCAUCAAUCGUGAUACUUCCGUGACCAAUCAGACUGCACGCGACCACCUUGCAUCGUCAAUGGCAACAACAAUAUCAAUUGCUCGUGCAGAGAAAUGUGUGGAUGAAGUGUCAAAGGUGGACAUUGGAGAAAGGGCGCGACUAACCUUUGUCACCAUUGGAGUGUUGGCUAAUAUGAGCCAUAUCGAUGAGUACAGAUUCUUCAACUACAUCAUGCAACAUUACUUGACCACUGGCAGUCUUGAGGUGAUCCGAUACCUCAACGACCAUGGCGUCACCCUUCUUGCUCAAGCCUCAAUCGAAUAUUUGGAUAGCGUCGAGAUGCUUUCAUUCAUUUUGUCUGGCGACAAUAGGAUAUUCCCAACUUGUCGUCCAGAGAAAGUUAUCGAGCCAAAGGCAUUGCUAUACGUUCUCAAGAACAAGCCAUAUACCAUCUCACAGCGGCAAGGCAAGUCCAAUGCAUGUGUGGCCGCACUCUGUGGCAGAGAGGACAUUGUCCUCACAUUUCUGGAGCACUGGCCAGCAUUGUUCUCCAAGGAACCGGAACUCCAGCUGGUGGCCGUCAUGAUUGGCAAUCAAUACAUCACAAACAAGCUCGAAGAGAAGGGAUUGCUCAACUUCUCAACAGUGGACGCGUGGCAAAACAUUGCCAAGCUUGGCGAUGUCGACAUGUUUGAGUAUGCACUCAAACACUGCACCUUGCUACCGUCUCAGAGAUAUGAAAUACUGGGCCACAUGAUGGAGCGUGCAGCACGAAUGAGCCAAACCGACCUUGUCAAGCAUUGUUAUCUCAAUCACAAAGACAAGAUACCAAAGGUAUCAGACACACUUUUGGUCGAAGUGACCAAAUUGGGCAACUGGCAGUUGUUGGAACAACUCUUCACCAUCACCUCUGCCUUGCAGACUGCACCAAUCGAUCAUGUGAUCAAGUACGUUGAACUGGCAUGCAUGAAUGGACAUGUAUCGACAUUGGAUACCAUCCUCAGCCAUAUCCAACUAGAGCAGAGAUCAACAAUCAUACACAAGCACAAUCUUGAAGCCGCCAUUGACAGGAAUGAUGUAAACAUGCUGAACUAUGUUCUUGCUCUCCAAGACAAGCAGUAA